AUGGAAAACGAAUUCAAAGUAGUUUUGUUAGGGGAAGGAAAAGUUGGAAAGACAUCGAUGAUAUUAAGAUAUACCCAAAAUUUUUUCACUCCUGAAGAAGGUCCUCGUACUACACAAGCUUCAUACGUAUCAAAAACAUUAAGUAUUGAUAAAAAUGAUUAUAUCAUUAACAUUUGGGACACUGCAGGACAAGAAAAAUAUCAAGCACUAACACCAAUAUAUUAUAGGGAUUCACAAGGAGCGAUUUUGGUUUAUGACAUUACUGAACCAAGAAGUUUCCAACGAGUACAAACUGAAGUUGACAAUAUUAGAGAUAUGUUAGGAGAUAAUUGUUGUAUUGUUAUUGUUGGAAAUAAAAUGGAUUUAAUUCAACAACGUAAAAUUUCAAAAGAAGAAGCUGAUAAAUAUGCUGAGUCAGUAAAGGCUAUUCAUUAUUUAUGUUCAUGUGCAACUGGUGAUGGUAUAUCUGAUGUAUUUGAAGGUUUAACUAAACAAAUGGUUGAUAAGAGAAAAUCUUCUGGAGAUGAUGAGUUAUUUGAUCGUAAAAAGUCAACCCUUGUAUUUCAAGAUGAUAAAAACAACACUCGCCAAGCAAAAUCUGAUUGUUGUUAA